GGUCCUGUCUUUUUGCGGUGGGCGGAACUUUAACGCUGACGGCUACAAAACAGACAGCCUGUACGUCACCUUUCAAACUCCGGUGCGAGACAAGCGAUCAUGCCCAGUCAGACCUGAACAACAAGCCUUCAAGUAUGCCCUCUGUGCACGCACACAAGUUCUAGCUCAAGCAAACAAUGGAUAACUCGGGCAGACCGUAUCGGGGUAGGCAAGGCGGCUGGGAGAGGGGAGCAACCGCAGACAAGGCAGAGAGCUGGAGGAUCCAGGACCAGGGCCGAGGACAGAACUUCCGAUCGGAGGGAGGUCAUCAAGGAAAGAACCAAGGUGGGCCCUACCGGGCCAGUCCCAAGAAGGGAGGACUAGGGCCCAUGAGCUACUCCCCUGGUGGAUUCAGAGGUGGUCACAGCCCCUCACAAAAGGAUGACCUCCGGUGGUAUUCUGGCCCUGAGAACAGUGGUGGGAGUCGAGAAGAUAACUGGAGAGAGCGCUCGCAACAACAGCAGCAACAACAGCAGCAGCAGCACUGGAGGAGGAGUUCACAAGGAGAAGGUCCAAGGGAGGACAGGGAGCAAGGGAGGAGAGAAGCCACCGAUGGCAGUGCUCAUAAAGGGAGGAGACGGAGAAACAGAAACAAGAAGAAAGCUUUUGCUGAAGAGAACAGGGGCCUUGAAGAGUCCACACUCUCAGCCAAAGAGCUUCAGAGCCUACAACAGGCAGAGAGGCGGCUUAACAAAGAAGAGAUCUACAGCCUGAAGAAGAGGUCCCACAACAACCCAGCUGCUCUUUACACCUGCGCUCUAUGUGAAGUUCUCCUGGAAUCUCUGUCUGAUGCUUACAGGCAUAUCAGAGACAAACGGCACAAGAAGAAAGCCAAGGAGAGACAAGAGCAGGUGAUGCUGACUGAGAUUCUCCCUCCCGGUCCGGAGCAGAUCACCGCCGUAAGUGCUGCACUAGAGGCUGUAGUGCGGGAACAUGGGAUGAAUGACGAGGAUGUUGAGAGGAGACAACGUGCUGUCGCCAUCAUGCAAGACCUCCUUCUGUCCGUCCUGCCAGAGAUCAAGCUCAGGCUUUAUGGAUCAUCUUGCACCAAGUUUGGAUUUAAGGAUUCUGAUGUCAACAUUGACAUUCAGUAUCCACCUCACAUGCAUCAGCCAGACGUCUUGUUGUUGGUCAAGGAGAGCCUCUCUGUGAGCCCUCUUUUUAUUGAUCUGGAAGCUGAUUUCCAUGCCAGGGUGCCUGUGGUCAUCUGCAAAGAGAAAAGCAGUGGCCUCCUCUGCAAAGUCAGUGCAGGGAAUGAAAACGCGUUCCAGACCACGUCCUAUCUUUCUGCUCUAUCCAGGCGCGAGCCACUCCUCCUCUCCCUUGUUUUGGGCCUCAGACGCUGGGCUCAGAUUUGUGUGAUCGAUCGUGCAGAGGAAGGUGGGCUACCACCAUACGUCUUUGCCCUCAUGGUUAUCUACUUCUUACAGCAGCGCAAAGAGCCCAUCUUGCCUGCUUACCUGAAGCAAGAGAUUAAGGUGUUUUCACUCAGCAGGCUGUCAGACUUCAAUCUCACGCAUGUAGAGGAUGGAUAUUUACACUGGGCUUACAACCCUUCCUCAAAGGAGACGUCACAGCCGGCAGAUGGUUCCUCUAUAAAGGGAAAGGUGCCACUGGUGUUUCAGAGCCCUCACAGGCCUGUGGAAGUCGGGCUUCUCUGGGUUGAAAUGCUCCGCUUCUACUCGCUGGAGUUUGACUUGGCUGACAACGUGAUCAGCGUUCGUACCAGUGUCGUCCUGUCCCGAGAGAUGAAAGACUGGCCAAAGAAACGCAUCGCUGUGGAGGACCCAUUUGCCGUGAAGAGAAAUGUGGCCCGCACACUGAACAGCCAGCAAAUGUUUGAGUACAUCAUCCACUGCCUCAAAACCACAUACAAGUACUUUGCAAUGCCGCUCAACGCGCCGGCUGCUGGUCGCAAGACACAGGCACAGCGUGGACCUGUUAAAGGGGCGAACGCAAAUGCUUUGAAUGACGAAAUUGCAUCAGAUUUCGGUCAGCUCAGCAUUGAAUCACAACAUGCAAAUAAAUCUGCAGAGAGUGGUCCUGAAGACUCUGAUUGCAUUAUUGAGGAUGAGGAGGAAGUUGAGGAGUACAGUGACUCUGACGAAGAGAGGGAGAAGGAAAAAGCAGACCUGGGCAAAAGCAGUCUGUCUGAGGAUGAGGAGGAUGAGGAUGUUGAUGUGGACAUGCAUAACAGACACCACUUGGACAGCUUCACCACAGAGGACGAGGACAUUUUCCCAGUAGAUGAGAUCUCAGGGGAGGAGCUUUUGUCUGAUGAGGAGGGCCCAGCUUUGGACACACCUGGCUCAAUGGAUGAGGAAGAGGAAGAGGUGGAGUUGGUGCCAGAGAAUAUCUCACCACAACUUUUAGAGGAGAAAGUCAAAGAUGAGAGCGCAGAAAAUAAAACCCAAGAACAGAGGAAAAAGUCUUACGAUUUCACAAGGCAAGCUUUCACCAGAGGGAAGUCACACAUGGUUGUGUGUAGCUUGUGUAAGCGCGAUGGACACCUGAAGAAAGACUGUCCGGAAGACUUCAAGAAAGUGCAGCUGGAUCCUUUGCCAGCAAUAACACCUGAGUUUCUCAGUGUCCUUAACAAAGUCUGUGAGCAGUGCUACACUGACUUUGCCCCAGAUGAACUGGAAGUGGGUGUAAGGGAGCACAUCCUCCAAGACCUGGAGAUGUUUGUCAGACGACAGUUUGCAGGAGCUCGGUUGAAACUAUUUGGAUCAUCCAAAAAUGGCUUCGGCUUCAGACAGAGUGACCUUGACAUCUGUAUGGUGCUGGAUGGGCAGGAGACCAUGGAUGACAUUGACUGCAUCACUAUAAUCGAAAGCCUGGCGAGACUGCUGAGGAAACACCCGGGCCUGAAGAACAUCCUGCCCAUCACGACAGCAAAAGUGCCCAUCGUGAAGUUCUACCAUGUUCGCACCGGCCUCGAGGGAGACAUUAGUCUCUACAACACUCUGGCCCUGCACAACACACACCUGCUAGCUUCGUAUGCUGCCAUUGACAGGAGAGUGAAGAUCCUCUGUUACGUCAUGAAGGUUUUUGCCAAAAUGUGUGACAUCGGGGAUGCUUCCCGUGGCAGCCUGUCAUCCUACGCUUAUACCCUCAUGGUGCUGUUCUUUCUCCAGCAGAGGAACCCACCAGUUAUCCCUGUGCUGCAAGAGAUUUAUGAUGGAAAGAAAAAGCCAGAGGUGCUAGUUGAUGGCUGGAACGUGUACUUCUUUGAUGAUUUAAAAACACUACCAAGUCGCUGGCCACAGCACGGGAAGAACACUGAGACAGUGGGCGAGCUGUGGCUCGGCCUGCUCCGCUUCUACACUGAGGAUUUUGACUUCAGAGAGCAUGUUGUCUGUAUCCGUCAGCAUAGCCGUCUCACCACCUUCAACAAACAGUGGACGUCCAAAUACAUCGUCAUUGAAGAUCCAUUUGACCUGAAUCAUAAUCUUGGUGCUGGUUUGUCCAGGAAAAUGACUAACUUCAUCAUGAAGGCUUUCAUCAAUGGCAGAACAGUGUUUGGCACACCUGUCAAAACCUUUCCUCCUGUGUACCCCAGUCAGAUGGAGUACUUCUUCGAUCCUGAAGUUCUCACUGAGGGAGAAGUGGCUCCUAACGACCGCUGCUGCCGCAUCUGUGGCAAGAUUGGCCACUUCAUGAAGGACUGCCCCAUGCGUAAGAAGUCGAGGCAUAGAAAGGACUCGGAUAGAAGGCCUGAGCACCUGCGAGACAGAAAGGACCCAGGAGAGGAUUCCAGGGAUCAGGUCAGACACAAGGGUGAGCACUGGAGGAAAAGAGAUGCACUGGAGAUGCGCUGCUGCUUCCUGUGUGGAUCAACUGCUCACAUCAAGAAGGACUGUCAGCUGUACAGAAGCCCUGCAGGUAAUAUGAAGAUGGAAAACUUCAGUUCCUCCUCUUCAGCCCACUUGAGGAAUUUGAGAGAAAAAGAGAGACAGGGUUCACCCAUACAAGAAGAGAAUAAGAAGAGAAAGCAACAAAAUGUGAUAUUAAGUCCACAAGCAGGUAGUUUAGCCUGCCGAAAUUUGGGUCGCUCUGGUCACAGGAAGAGCCCAGUGGAAUGAGCAGCAGCUGUGGCUAUACAAACCACAAGGUUCUACUCUUGUCCAGGCAGACAGCAACCCAAAGUCCAAAAACCCUGAAAUCUGAAUGGGACUGUUGGGCCAAUGGGAGCCCGUUAAAAGCCAAAGCCAGGACGCCUUGACUUGAAGCCAAAUAGGGCCUUUUUAUGUGUGUUGUCCCCCCCGCCCCUAAAGCUCUCCUCCUCAGAGGAGCUUUUUAAAGCUUUCAUUUUAACAAGACAAGCCAUUGUGCAUGCACCUCACGUCUUUGUUUACCUGCACUGCCAGUCAAGUUGUUGUUUUGUUUUUUUUAACCCAUCAAUACCAAUGUCAUUGCAAAUUCAGCUUGAAAUCUCUUCAAUUAGAAAAUGCAAGCAAACGACAAGAGUUUAUUACAUGACUAACUGUAAAUUAUUACAUCUUGAUCCCCAUUAAACAUUGCUUAUUUGCAGACAACAGAUGAUACACAGAAUUUGUCUUUUACUUGAUUUGUAUAGGCUCAACAGGCCUAAAAGUCAGGUAAAACCUAUUUAGACCCUAUUAGGGCCCUAUUUAGUUGGUCUAUAGUGCAUAAUCUAAAGCGCAAAGAUCAUGUUGAGACAAAUGGACUUUAUGAUGAUAUGGUGUGUUGUCUGCUUUGUCAUCAAGGCCAUUUCAAAUUAAACCAAAACUUCCUCAUUUUAAUGUAUUCCUUAUUUUAUAAUGGCCAGGUUUUUAGGAUAAAUUGUUCUUACCCAAAAAUUCUAUUGGUUGUUUAAAAAAUUUUUGAAUGGCAGUGUACCUUUCAUAAUAGGGAUUGAUUGUUUUUUUUUUUUUUAAUUGAAUUUCUUUUAAAUCCUCUUUAAUUUGUCCUCUGCACUGACGUCCAUCAGUCCGUCGCUCAGCCAUGAAAGCAGCGCUCCUUUUACCUACAGUGUGUGUUUUGUGUGUCUCUGUGUUUAGAGAAACCAUUCUGUAGAUAUUUUUUCAGGAUCAGUGUUUAGUUUUUAGAGGCUACUGAUCCACCCCUAUUUCAUAGAUGCAUACUGUCCCUCAACUAGUGUGAACGGUACGUCCUCUGCUGACCCUGGCCUGUAUCUGUCUCCACACACGCUAGGAAGUGUUGUAACUACAGGGCAAAAACAUAUAGUCCGGAAAGUUGGGCAAAAGGUUUCAUGCUUCCCCUGAGUGGUAAGCCUUACACUGCUGCAAAUACUGUUCACCUACUCUAAAAUGAAAUUAUACGCAAUCUCAGCUAGCUCAGUGGAGAGAUAAAUGUAUUUAUUUGCCACAAAGGCUUCAUUUGUUGUAAUGGUGCCACAGAUUGGUAGCUGCACUGUGAGGGUCCACGCCCUUUUAAUUACGUUGCUGCUAGUUAAUGUCUCAAAGACCUGCUUAUCAUUCAACUACAAAUAUGGACUGUCUUGCUUUAUUGUUGUCCUAAUAUGGCUGACUUUUAUAAAAUACUUGUGUUGUUGAUGUUGUAAACAAAUCCCUCAUUUUAAAGUAGCUUUGUUUUAAUGGCCAGCCUUAAUGCAUUUCUUUUGUUGGACUCAAAUGGGAGGUUUAGUUUGUUAUUGAAGAACCCCGAUCCUACCAGGAUAGGUUUGCUUGCGAUCCAUUCUGUGUCUCAAAGAAUUCAUUAAACUGAAAUCAAAUCCCA